ACGUGCUGCGGUCUGCAUUCCCCGCGCCGUCCGCCCUUCGCGCGUCGUGUCGUGGCGGCCGUCGGGGGCUCCUGGAACUGGAAGGAAGGAGACCCGGUCAGCCGGCCCCUCGUCCGGAGAAACCUCUCUCCUCCGGGAUCUCAUGUCGCCUCCCUUCACCUCCUAGUCCCCGGUGGAUGUGGAUCCAUACCGUGUCCUAACCCCACCACGCAGCGCGAGGGAGCAAAGGAGCCAUGGCGGCGGCCCAGCAUCGUCAGGCGUGGUGGCCGGGGCGGAUGGCGGCGGCGUUCGGGCCCUCCUUCCUCUGCCUCGUCUGCCUCAUCUACUUCAUCCAGGGUUUCAGGUCUUUCGUCUGGACAGCUGUCUCCUACCAAAUGAAGGACGUGAUGAAGCUAUCACCCUCCACAUCACAGUUUCUUGUCUCCCUUGCAUAUUUCCCUUGGAGCAUUAAACCUAUAUAUGGGAUCUUGUCAGACUGCAUUCCAAUUAAGCAGAGGAAGCGUAUACCCUAUUUGAUCAUUUCUAGCUGCCUUUCUCUACUUCCGUGGCUUAUCCUUGGACUAUCACAAAGUUUAAGGAGCUCAGCCAAUAUGCUAACUGCCUUGCUCGUAGUACAGAAUCUGGGAUCUGCAAUGGCAGAUGUUGUUAUAGAUGCAAUGGUUGCGGAAGCAGUUCGAUCAGCAGGGCCGGAGUUUGCUGGUGAUCUACAGUCAUUAUCUUGGUCAUCGAUGGCUGUAGGUGGGAUUUUCGGGAGCUUGCUGGGAGGAUAUGCAUUAUCCAAUCUCCCAAUACAUGCUAUAUAUGUUGUUUUCUCAGCCCUCCCAUUCUUGCAACUAGUUUCCUGUAUGUUUGUUGAGGAUUCUCCAAAAGGAUUCCACAGUGCCAAUGAUGAACACAAGUAUGCAGACAAUCAGAGUUCUGUUACUGCCUUUUCUGAAAAAGGCUCUAGUGAAGCACUUAGAUAUGAGGGCACUAGAAGGCGGAAGGGAACUCGUAAAAAUAAUAAAAGGAGAUCACUGUCAAAGCGAACUGAGUCUGAUGAGAAACACAAUGGGUCAAUUAAUUCUCUGCCAAGUUUGUCUCUGAGAUCAGCCUUCUUCAGUCUGUGCACAGCUUUUAAGCAGCCAAACAUUCUGCGGCCUAUGGCAUGGUUUUUCUUUUCAAAUGUAACAAUUCCAAAUAUCUCAACAGUCAUGUUCUAUUAUCAAACAGAGGACCUAAAUUUGGACGCAUCCUUUCUAGGGACUGCACGUGUGAUUGGAUGGUUCAGUCUAAUGCUUGGCACCUACACCUACAACCGCUAUUUUAAGCAGAAGAAGCUCAGAAAUAUUCUUGUGUUUGCUCAUGUCGGUCUUGCCGUAAUUACCCUACUGGACAUUGUUUUGGUGUCACGGUUACACGUUCAGUAUGGAAUUGCCGAUAAGUACAUGGUGCUGUGGGGUUCUGCUUUGGGUGAUGCAAUCAACCAGUUCAAGAUGAUGCCGUUCCUGAUCCUGUCAGGACAGCUUUGCCCGCCUGGAAUCGAGGGCACACUGUUUGCUCUCUUCAUGUCAAUCAACAACCUUGGUUCAACAGUAGGUUCAUUCCUGGGGUCUGCUCUGGCAUCAGCUUUGAACCUCACCACAGGACAGUUUGACAAUCUUGCUCUGGGUUUGGGUGUACAGAUGAUUUGUACUCUGUUACCGAUUGGGUUCCUAUCUCUGAUUCCAAAGGAAGUCACAGGACUAACAUCGUAGGUUGAGGGGUGUGGGCCUGACCAUACUUGUUUUAUUCCUGACGGAAGGUAAUGGUCUGUGCUUGAACCUCAAAUUCCUGACUCAUGCACAAAUAUACUUACAGCUCUGUACCAGAGUGAGGAAUAUACAGAUCAUAGGAAGGAAAUUAAAGAUGGAAGAUAGACAGUUUUGUUGACAGAUGUAUACAACUCUGUACCGGGAUGGGAGGAAAGAAGAGUGCAAUAGAUUUUUAGGGAAAGAUGAUAGUUGAUGCUACUUGACAUGUGUAGAAAUGAGAACAAACAUGAAAGUGAUGAAUAAAUCUGUGCACGUCUUUGGUUUUCA